GUUGAAAUAAACUGAACAAACACCCAAAAAGUGAUAGGCAAUAACGAUAAUUCACCUGUUAAAUGGAAGGAUAAGCGAAAGGAAAAUAGGAGUCGAAGCUGAAGAUUUUGUGGAGGUGAACAGAAUGACACCCAUUACUCAUACUUUUCCUCUCAACUUCAAUCUGCCCAAAAUGUCUAUACUAAAUCACACUUGCAUAAAACCAGUCUUCCUUCACAAUCAACACAGACAGCAAAACUGGCGAAGUUUUAUAGUUGGCUGGAAGGCUCCUGUAACUGUUACAUCUUCACAUGUUAUAAGAUCCACAGCCAAUUCUAAACGCCUAUUUUUACAGUAUUUCUCUGAUUCACAGUUGCAAAAGCCUAAGAAGAAGAAGGCUGGCCCUGAUUUGAACUAUUUUGUUUUAAAAGCGCAAGCCCAGGCUUCAAGUCAGCUUUCCUCGGAAAUCGAGCCUUCAGCUGUACAAAACACCCUCAAAGGGCGCAUUUAUCAUGAAACAUAUGGGUGCCAAAUGAAUGUCAAUGACAUGGAAAUUGUUCUGGCAAUCAUGAAAAGUGUUGGAUAUACAGAAGUUGUAGAUACACCAGAGAAUGCUGAGGUCAUCUUCAUCAACACAUGUGCGAUUCGUGAAAAUGCUGAACAAAAGGUGUGGCAGAGGCUUAACUACUUUUGGUUUCUGAAAAGGGAGUGGAAAACGAACAUUCAGAAACGGCGAGCAUGGUCAGUUGUUCCUCCAAAGAUUGUCGUGCUGGGAUGCAUGGCAGAACGUUUGAAAGAAAAAAUAAUUGAAGCAGAUAAGAUGGUGGAUGUAGUGUGUGGUCCUGAUGCUUAUCGAGACUUACCUCGCUUGCUAGAAGCUGUAGAUUAUGGUCAAAAAGGAGUUAAUACACUUUUGUCCCUUGAGGAAACAUAUGCCGAUAUUUCACCUGUAAGAAUUGCUAGCAAUUCCGUUACAGCGUUUGUUUCAAUAAUGCGCGGCUGCAACAAUAUGUGCUCAUUUUGUAUUGUCCCUUUCACACGAGGUAGGGAGAGGUCCCGACCGGUAGAAUCCAUUGUGAGGGAGGUUGGAGAGCUUUGGGAACAAGGUGUGAAAGAAGUAAUGCUUCUGGGCCAGAAUGUGAAUAGUUAUAAUGAUAUAUCUAUCCUCGGUGAGAAGAAUGAGGUUUCAACAGAAAACAGUUGGAACCUUAGCCAAGGUUUUUCCAGUAUGUGCAAGGUGAAGGAUACUGGAUUGCGCUUUUCAAAUCUAUUAGACUGUUUGUCUAUUGAAUAUCCUGAAAUGCGGUUCAGGUUCACAUCUCCUCACCCAAAGGAUUUUCCUGAUGACCUCUUGUACCUGAUGAGAGAUCGACAUAACAUCUGUAAAAGUAUUCAUCUACCAGCACAGAGUGGAAACACAAAUGUUCUUGAAAGAAUGCGUCGGGGUUAUACACGAGAAGCUUAUUUGGAACUUGUGGAAAGAAUACGGAGUAUUAUUCCCGAUGUUGGCUUAAGUAGCGAUUUUAUUUGUGGAUUUUGUGGUGAAACAGAAGAGGAGCACAUAGAUAGUUUGAGUCUGCUCCAGUCUGUGGGCUACGAUAUGGCAUACAUGUUUGCAUACAGCAUGCGGGAGAAAACUCAUGCUCACCGCAAUUAUACUGAUAAUGUUCCAGAUGAUGUCAAGCAAAGAAGAUUAACUGAGCUCAUUAAUGCUUUCCGGGAAGCGACAGGUCAGAGGUAUGACUCACAGGUUGGUACUAUACAACUUGUGCUAGUUGAAGGACCAAACAGAAGAGCUCCUGAGAGUGAACUUAUUGGGAAAAAUGACAGGGGACACAGGGUAAGCUUUAGAAAUGUACCCCUUGCAGAUUUGAAUGUUUUUCCAAUUGACAUAGAUGAUGCAGGAGAUAGGUCUUUCAAGAGUGCUGCUAAUUUAGAAAGAGAGGAUCAUAAAAGAAACCCAAGUAUUGGCAACUAUGUUGAAGUUCUUAUUACAAACUCAACUCGAGCAACAUUGUUUGGGGAGGCUCUUGGUUUGACAACUUUAAACAAUUUCUAUCGGAAAACACUAACAACUCAGAAAUGAAUCACAAUUCAAUAAUUUGUUCUUUUCUGUUUGUCAAAAGAAGUUUUGGCAGAGCUCCUAACAGGCUCAGUGUAUUAUCUUCUGUAAUGAGCAUGUUCUAUAUCUAUUUUCAUUCUUUUUUACAAAAAAAAUGUAUUUCAUAAUUUUUUGAAAAGAA